GACAAACAUUAACAAACAAACCAGGGUCCAUCCAUCCAUCCGUCCACCAUAUAGGUAGGCAUACACACAUGCACUUGACACGACAGCAAGGCAUGCACAUGGACAGAACGGCCGACAGACAGACAACGCACAGACGCCAUGCACAACACUCUCUCUCUCUCUCUCUCUCACGGAGCACUCCUUCUUGCGUCGCUUAACGAGCGUCCGCCCAACCACCACACAUCCUACACACCGCGCCACAUGCCGUCUGUCUGUCUGUCUGUGUGUCUUUCUGCCCCCCAAUGAUGGGGGCCCCUGACAUGACAGGGACGCAGCGAAGAGCACAGGGCGGGCAGCCACAGGCAGACAGACAGAAGGGCACAGACAGACGGACGGGUAUCUGUACACUAGAGAAACACACGACGGGUAUCUUGUCCACCACUGAACAGAAACACUGCAGGCAGCGAGAAAGAAGAAACAGACGUGCGUGCCUGAAGCACGUACGAACGGUGUACGAAUGGCUGGCUGGCUGGCUGGCUGAUGGGCUGGUAAGCCCACUCACGACACCAGCGCACCACCACACCACACACACAGCAUCCGUCCAUCCGUCCAUCCAUCAGUGGCAGCCGAAUGCCACCAACCCACCGACCGGCUUACAACACACACACCACACACCCAUCCCACUGCCAGACAAACGGUGCUUGCUACCCAUCCAUCCAUCCAUCCCUCCCUCCGUCUAUGGUCUACUUUUUGGCUUUGCCGACGACGCCGCCCCUGAUCUCCUCUGCGAGCGCCCCCAGCGAGCCGGGAUUGUGCGGGAUGAAGAUCGUCUGGUGGCCCGACUGGGCCCCCAGAUCCUGACCACACACACACAUACACACACACACAUACACAUACACAUGGAUGACGCACACCAACACACAGUGGCGAUGUGUGCUGUGUGGUGGUUGCCGGCCGACGCACGUACCUUGAGUGUGUCGAAGUAUUGUGUGAUGAGAACGAGGUCGAGGACGUCCUUGGCGCCCAUGCCGCUGAUGUUCUUGGAGAAGUCGUGCACACUCUCGCGGAGACCGUCGACGAUCGCCUUGCGCUGCCGAGCGAUACCCUCACCCUGCCAACACAACACACGGAAGGACACAGGCACACGCGUGUGUGGGGCUGUGUGUGGGUAUGUGGUGGCCCAACUACCUGCAGGUACUUGGACUCGGCUUCCGCCUCAGCCUUCUUGACAAUUAACACCUUGUCAGCCUCUGAGCGAUGGGGGGAUCGAUAUGCAUGGUGAGAACACACACACGGCCAACACACACUCACACCAACCACCCUCCCUCCCUCACUGCCUGACUGACGGACUUACCGGCCUUCUCCUGGGUGGCUACCCGCUGUCGCUUGCUGGCAUUGAUCUCGUUCAUGGCGUCACGCACACGGCGGUCGGGCGACACAUCCGUCACCAACGUCUUGAUGAUCGUCCAACCAAACUCAUCCUACCAGGGCAACGAACGCCACACGCACAUCCGUCCAUCCAUCCACCUUAUGCCCUACACACGUAGGAAUGGCUGGAUGGGGGGAUGGGUAGAUACCUACCAUGGACUUGCGGAGUUCCUCCUUAACGGCGGUGGCGAUUUCCUCCUUGCUCUCAAAGACCUCGUCGAGGUUCUGACGGGGGACCGUGGCGCGCACCACGUCGAAGACGUAGCUGUUGAUCUGGCGGCCGGCGUCCUGCAGGCGGUAGUGGGCCUCGAACACCUUGUCCAGCUGAACCAUGAACUGAACCGACACAGUUAUCUGGAUGGAUAACACACACCACAACACGGUCACGGCAGGUACCGACAAGUGAGUGAGGCGUGACGUCUCGGAGUGUGUGUUGUGUUGUGUGUUGGUGCGUACAUCUACGAAGACGUUGUCCUUGGUUUUGGUGUUGACUGCGACGUCGAGCUGCUGCACGCGGCUCGACACCUCCCCCGCCUUGUACAUGACGCCUGUCCACACACACACAGACACAGAAACAAACACAUGCAGGCAGGCAGGCAGGCGGGCGGCAGGGAAGUCCAUCGUGUGUGCGUUGGUUGAUGCACAGAUCUCUGCCGUCCUUUGUGUGUUCUCUGUCGCAUAUAUACGGACAUGGGAGGGGCAGGCACAGAAACCCCGGUUGGGCGACAUUGGUGAACUUGCCGCAGGUCUCGAUGAUGUACAGCUUGUCCUGCACGCACACACACAUACACACGCAGCAGACGGGAUGGAUCACAACGAACGAGGCCUGCCCUCCUGCUGCGCUGCCGCCUCUCUCCCCCCUGCCAUCCCAUACAUCUCAUGCCAGCAGCAGUCCUUACAUUGGGCACCGAGUGGCAGAAACCCAUCUUGGCGUCUUUCUCUGCGGUCCUACACACCAGCCCUUCACUCCAAACCACACCGCUUCCCAA